AUGGCGUCGGUCGCCGCUUGGCUCCCGUUCGCCCGCGCCGCCGCCAUCGGCUGGGUACCCAUCGCGACCCAUCCGCUCCCGCCUCCGCCUGUACCCAAAGACCGUCGACGCGCUGAAGAUGAGAAACUCCUCAUCAAUGUAUCCGGUAGACGCUUCGAAACCUGGCGAAACACGUUGGAAAAAUACCCUGAUUCCCUACUCGGUUCCUCCGAACGCGAGUUCUUCUACGAUGAAGAUAGCAGAGAAUAUUUCUUCGACAGGGAUCCAGAUAUAUUUCGACACAUCCUCAAUUAUUACAGAACUGGAAAAUUACAUUACCCAAAGCACGAAUGUCUGACAGGGUAUGAUGAGGAACUGGCUUUCUUUGGAAUACUGCCUGAUGUGAUUGGCGAUUGUUGUUAUGAAGAUUAUAGAGACAGAAAGAGGGAGAACGCAGAAAGACUCAUGGAUGAUAAGUUGAGUGAAGCUGGGGAUCAAAGCCUGCCCCAACUGACAGAUUUGAGACAGAAAAUGUGGAGAGCGUUUGAAAACCCUCACACGUCAACAGCCGCUCUCGUAUUCUACUACGUGACAGGCUUCUUCAUUGCCGUUUCUGUGAUGGCUAACGUUGUUGAGACAGUACCAUGUGGCCAUAGACCGGGGCGUGCUGGUACACUGCCUUGUGGAGAGCGCUACAAAAUAGUUUUCUUCUGCUUAGAUACUGCCUGUGUCAUGAUAUUCACGGCCGAGUACCUGCUCCGGCUUUUCGCGGCACCCGAUCGGUGCAAAUUCGUGAGAUCAGUCAUGUCUAUAAUUGACGUCGUCGCGAUCCUUCCGUACUAUAUCGGCUUAGGGAUCACCGACAACGACGACGUGUCUGGCGCGUUCGUGACCUUGAGAGUGUUCAGAGUGUUCCGUAUUUUCAAGUUUUCGCGGCACUCACAGGGACUGAGAAUCCUCGGGUACACCCUGAAGUCCUGCGCUAGCGAACUUGGUUUCCUUGUUUUCUCUCUUGCCAUGGCGAUCAUUAUAUUCGCCACGGUUAUGUUCUACGCUGAAAAGAACGAGCAAGAUACGAACUUCACGUCCAUUCCCGCCGCCUUCUGGUACACCAUCGUGACUAUGACUACGCUUGGGUACGGAGACAUGGUGCCGGGCACGAUCGCCGGGAAGAUUGUUGGUGGCGUGUGCUCAUUGUCAGGAGUACUGGUCAUAGCGCUGCCUGUACCCGUCAUCGUGUCCAACUUCUCGCGUAUCUACCACCAAAAUCAACGAGCCGACAAAAGGAAGGCGCAGAGGAAAGCGCGUCUCGCUCGAAUUCGCAUCGCAAAGGCAUCUUCUGGAGCUGCCUUCGUAUCGAAGAAGAAGGCUGCUGAAGCACGGCUCGCCGCUCAAGAGUCGGGAGUGGAGUUGGACGACGCUGGUCGUGAUGAAGACAUUUUCGAAUUGCAGCAUCAUCAUCUUCUACGGUGUUUGGAGCGUACAACUGAUCGAGAAUUCAUCGAAAUGGAGAACCCGUUCAAUGGUGCUGCCAAGCGUCCAGGCUCACCGUCCCCUAUGGCAUCCCCCGCGCACUCAGGCCGCGCCCCGGCGUUACUCGCCUGCUGCGCACGCUGUGGCUGCUGCCCGCAGAAGUAUCAGGUCCUGCUAUUAGAUCCGAGUAGGAAAGGCCGUGCGAGAGGCAAUCGCCGGUACACUGCGACCUCCCGACCCUCAGAUACCUCUGUGUCGGCCGCACCAAGUGAAGACCCCUUACCACAAGCCUGCGGUAAAUACAUUCCUGCGGGCAGUACAGUACAAGGCAAUCAGACCGGAGUCGCAAUGGAUGGGACUUAUCUCGUAGAAGCAUCUUUCUAG